AUGAAGAUCACCACUCCCCUCACAAGUCUAUUCCUCGGUUUCGCGAGCUAUACAACCAUCAAUGCUCAAACAACAGCCGACACAAUAAAUUCAUGUCAAGCCCAGAAUGCCAAUAAUUUCAUCUUCGCAAGCUACUCUGGCGACCUCGCAGCAACCUACGCAUAUUCCCUCUGUUUCCCAUUCGAAAUCUUCGGAAAUCCUCUUAAUUCCGCUCUCUUUUGUCGUGAUGCACAUUGUUCUUUUUAUAGCGACGAUGCCUGCACGGCACCCUCAGCUUUCUCAAUCACACCUAUUCCUUUCAUUCAAACUCAAGGUCUUCCCACAAAGCUAACAUCAAGCUUGGGGUGGAAAAGUGCAAAAUGUGGAAGUAGUUUAGUGGGGUUUACUUUAGGAGAGUAA